AACAAUUGAUUGACUAUUGUAUUGGUAUAAAAAUUUUCAUCUUGUCUCGGCAUGAAAUUAUAUUUAUUUGUUUAUUCAUGAGGAAGAAAGCUUUUCAAUCAGAAGCAGAAUUUGUUUAGAGUGAUUUGGGACACGUUUUUCUUCUCUUUAAUUUUCUAGUUUUUUUUUAAUUUUCUAACUUUUAAUUUUGUUAUUUUCAAUUAAACCACACACCGUUUAAACAGCUGUGGUGAUUUUCUUUUCUCAUAAUUUCUACCUUUUAAACCGUAAAGAUUCGGACUAAACGUAGAAAUCCGGGAAUGGCGGAGUCUGAGGACGGGGAGUCGGUGGACGGGUAUGAUAACGAUGUGUGGCUACAUCAGGAUGACAUGCAAUACAGCCUCGAGGAUGGCUGGGACAUGACGCAACUGAAAGAGGAGGAAUUUGAAGAAUUCUGCGUCUACAUUGUACAUGACCGAGCCUGCGAGAAAGUAUGUCGGAAUCGUGCCCAGGCCUCCUUGCCAAGGAACCUCACUCUGAAGCCCUCACUUACCCAACCAGAUCAUGCUCAAGGGGUUUGGAGUGUAGACUACAUUCCAAGAGGUACAAGGUUUGGGCCCCUAAAUGGUGAGAUAACAAAAGAAGAGCCACUUAGACGUGGAGAUACCAACAGAAUCUGUCUCUGGAAGAUAUUUAAAGACAACAAAGUGUGUGAGUUUAUGGAUGUAGGGGACACAAGUCGCAGCAACUGGAUGCAUUACGUUAACUUUAGUUACAACUCGGGACAGCAGAACGUAAUUGCGUGUCAGAUCGACUACAAUAUUUAUUUCUACACUAUCAAACCGAUACCGCCCAACACGGAACUCCUCGUGUGGUACUGCCGGGAAUAUGCUGAGAGGCUGAACGUACCAAGAACUGGCGAAGAAAUGUUGCAAGCAUGGAAAAGACAGGCCGUCAAUCAGCAGGUCCCCAUGCCAUUACCUAUGUAUAUAGAAGAGCGCCACCUAUGCUUAAAUCGCCAUCUAUCUAGAACGCCACCGAGAUCAGUAAAAGAGAAGCCGGUGAAAGACGAUCAUUGCGACAGUGAUGAUAGUGGCGUUAGAGAAGACGGCUAUGCAAUCGACUACAGUCUCCAUAAACGGGACGGAAGUCCAACAAGCGAUGACCUUGAUCAUACAACUCAUGGAAAACGGGCAUCAUUUAGUGGCGAAGACUCACUGUCACCCUUCAAAAGUCCAAAAUUAGGGCUGGGGACAGGAAGUGCAUUUACCAGUAAAAUAUCUCCAAUAGGUAGCAUCAGAAGUAGUCUGCCAAGCAUCAUGGCUCCAUCACCAAUCAAACUUUCACAUAGCACACCAAAAAGAAGUCCGAGCAUGGGCUUCUAUGAGAACUUAUUUUUAAAGAAAAUGAAAGAGAGCAAUGAACAAGAUUCUGAACCAAAAUGGAAGGAGCCAAAACUUAGCCCAUCCAGUCAUGACAUGAAGCCUGAAGUAAAAGAUGAAAUGUCAAAAGAUAUUGAAAAGAAGCCAGAUAUAAGUAAUGGACCCAAAGACUUGAAAAUACCAGUAUCUGAGACAUUUAAUCCAUUUCCAUUUAGACCAUUUGGGAAUUUAGUUGACAAACCAUUUGUGCCUCCGUACGGAAAUAUGCCAACAGAUGAGAUGUAUUCAAAGUUUAUGACACCAGGAACUAUUGGAAAAAUGCAGCCACCCGCAGGACCAUUGUAUUUUCCUCAAACUGGGCUACCUGGAAUGUACCCUUUUGGUCCAAUGUAUCCAUUUAACCAUUACCAGCAGUUGCCAUGGCCGAUGUUUCCGCCUCCUUACCCACCAAUGGGUAUGAACAACCCCCAGCAUCAACAGUCAUUACCACCACCCGCACCUCAUUUACAACCUUCGCCAUUUCCACGACCACCAACCAGUCAUUCUGGACCACCGAGUGGUGAUCCAUUAAACCUCAGCAUCAAACAUAAGUCUGGCUUAGACGGAAGGGGCCACAGAUCCUUGCCAUAUCCUCUCAGGAAGAAAGACGGGAAAAUGUUGUAUGAAUGUAAAUUUUGUCUGAAAACCUUUGGACAGUUAUCAAAUCUUAAGGUUCAUCUACGUACGCACACAGGUGAAAGACCAUUUGUUUGUAAGACAUGUGGGAAGGGAUUUACACAACUUGCCCAUCUACAGAAGCACCAUUUGGUCCACACUGGUGAAAAGCCACAUGAAUGCCAGGUUUGCCACAAACGUUUUAGCUCCACCUCAAAUUUAAAGACACAUAUGAGAUUACACAGCGGAGAGAAACCAUUCAUGUGUAAACUUUGUCCAGCCAAAUUUACACAAUUUGUACAUUUAAAACUGCAUAAAAGACUACACACAAAUGAAAGACCUUAUGAAUGUCCACAGUGCAAUAGAAAAUACAUAAGUGCGAGCGGACUGAAAACUCACUGGAAAACCGGAAACUGUAUUCCGUCCGGUAUGAGUAUGGACCUUAGCAUGUUGAUACAGCAUACAACAGAGGCAGCCAUUAAAGAAAUGAGCGAGUACGGGGACAUGCAUGAUAUUGCUAUGAUAGACAAUGGUGAAUAUGAAAAGUUUGAAAAAUCAGACAGUAACGGUUUAAGUCCUGAAAAAGAUGAUAAAACCCCUGAUGAUAAAAGUGAAAAAUCUUUUGACCAAGAACAAUUUGACAAAUACCGUAUGGAUAGACUGGGUUACAGUCUAUUUGAUAAAGAAAGAAUUGAUAGCACAAAUCAGUCUAUAGACAGUGAACCAGUUUCCCCAGUAGGUAGUGAAGGGGACAGUCUACAUAGCGAUGAUAUGGAGUUGUCGUCUCAGCCACCCGAUGACCUUUCACCUCGCUCUGAGAGCUCUCAAGGUCAAAGGUUAGACUAUUUUAGUGAACAAAGACAUUCGUCUGAAGACAAAAUAGAAGAAUCAAAGUCAGAAUAUGAACAAUUAUCAUUCAAAGAACAAAACUGUCAACCUAUUGACUGUUCAACAAAGUGCUAAAAUUAAGAUAACAUUGAUUCUAUAGCAUUUUAAAAAUUAUCUGUCUCAUUUAGUAGUUGCUAACCCUGAUUUAUUUAAUAGUUUUUAACCCUGAUUUUGUGUAUUUGUUUGGCAAAUAACUAAUUUUUGUUAUGAUUAUGGAAUAAUAGAACGUUAAUUUCUUUUUGUUUAUUUAGAAAUAAAACAUAGUUGGUUAAAUUUGUUGGUACAUGUGCAUUAACAUGCCACAUUGUAAUAUAUGACUCAAAUAUACAAAAAUAUCUGUAAAACCUUUAAUUUGAUCCAAGUAGAUUUUUCAUAGCUUUAACAUUUACUCAUGUCCUGUUUUUACAACUAGUUU